AUGUCAGGCGAAUCUGAAUUUUAUGUUAGAUACUACAGCGGCCAUCGCGGAAGAUAUGGCCAUGAGUUUCUAGAAUUCGAGUUUAGGUCUGAUGGUCUUUGCCGAUAUGCUAAUAACUCAAACUACAGAAACGACAGUUUGAUCAAAAAAGAGAUGUACGUGAGUGCAGCUGUUAUCGACGAGUUGAAGAGAAUCAUUGAGGAUAGUGAAGUCAUGAAAGAAGAUGAUAGUCAAUGGCCAACCAAGAAUGUAGUGGGUAGCCAAGAGAUUGAAGUUCGUCUCGGAAACGAACACAUUUCAUUCGAGACAUCCAAAUUGAGCUCACUUGUCGAAGUUCAGGACAGCAAGGAUCCUGAUGGUUUGCGUGCAUUCUAUUACCUUGUUCAAGAUUUGAAGGCAUUCGUGUUCUCUUUGAUUUCACUGCAUUUCAAGAUUAAGCCUAUCAAUUAA